AUGGUUCAUAAAGUGAAUUGGUCAAUGAGUUCAAUUUUGGUUAAGAAUUUUAUGGAUCAUAGUUUGAUUCCAAUUUAUAUUAUAUCUGAUAUCUAGGUUUAAAGAAAUAUGCUUCAGUUUAAUUAGAAAAAAUGUACUAUUCCUAAUUGUUUAAUUAGUAUAGAAAAAUAUAAUGUAAAAACUAAUUUCAACAUUCAGACAAAAAAGGCUUUCCUGAUCUUGAUUAAGAUCUUUAAAAAUAAUUAUAAAUAAGAAAAAAGAUCUAAGAGAAAUAUCAAUCUUAAAUCUUAAAUGUUAAACAAAGUUAUUGACAACAUAAAAAUUUGGAUUAAUUAUCUGAAGACACUAUUUAAAUGCUGGAAAAUCAAAAAAAAAAAGAUUAAUGCAUGA